GUGAAGAAUAUUUUAUAAUUUGUUGGUGUUGACUACACAAUCAGGUUCGUAUUAUUUCAUAUAAUAUUAUUACAUUAAUGUGCUUCAAAAAAAUGUUUUGUACAUUGUAUUUUAUAUGGUGGCCUUAAAGGGGCCUACAUUUUGUUGAAAACUCUAUCUAUGGACAGACGAUGGCCAUAAAUGGAUCGUUAUGAGACUCUUUUAAUGGCCACUUACAUUUAUUUUAUGCUUCACUUAGAGCUACCUACCUAGUUAUACCUAUUUGUCUGAAUUGAAUUUCAUUAUUAGCUUGGUAAUAAUUGUUUUAAAUAGUACAUUUAAAAUGGCUUCAAAACCAACUACAUCAAAAACCAAGAGUAACACACCAAAAAGAUGUAUAUAUUCUCCAUCCAAAGUUCAGCAAGCAUUGGAUGCAAUUCACAAAGGAAUGAAUACAUCAACAGCAAGCAGGAUAUUUAAUGUACCCCGCACUACACUCAGGAACAAGCUUGAAGGCAAGUCGCCAGUUGAAUCUGUAGGACACGGUGGAGUAACAUCCAUACUUGGAGAUGAAACUGAAGCUUUAUUAGUAGAAUGGGUGCUAACUUGUGCCAAAAUGGGGUUUCCUGUAGAUCGGGAGGGGCUGUUAAGUUCAGUUAAGAAACUAGUGGAUGAAUCAGAAAUGAAAACUCCAUUUAUAAAUAAUAGACCAGGUAAAAAAUGGUUUUAUGGAUUUAUGAACCGCCACAAGUGUUUGUCCCAAAAACAUGCUGAAUAUGUAAACAAAGCAAGGGGAUCAGUGACCGAGGAAAAAAUAAGAAAAUGGUUUGAUGAAGUUUCUGAGCUAUUGGGCGAAAAUUUGUAUGUGUUGAACUACCCAGAACGAGUAUUUAAUAUGGAUGAAACGUGUUUCUAUUUAGCUCCAAAAGGAGAACUUAUAUUAGGGCCUCGUGGAUGUAAUGUGUAUGAUGAACAGACAAACAACAAUAAAGAAAACAUAACAACACUUUUUGCAGCCAACGCUUUGGGUAAUUGGGCACCCCCUUUAACAAUUUAUAAGUAUGAACGCAUUCCAGCAAAGAUUGCACAGUCUGCUCCUCCAGGAUGGGGGUUAGGCAAGUCUGAAAAUGGUUGGAUGACUGCAGAAACUUUUUUUGAAUACAUGGCAAACAUAUUUCUUCCUCAUCUAAUACAGUCAAAUAUUUCUAGACCCGUUAUUAUAUUCUUAGAUGGUCACAGUUCGCAUCUUAGCUUACAUCUGAGUAAGUUUUGUAGGGAAAAUGGUCUGAUUUUAAUAGCUCUUUAUCCCAAUUCAACUCAUAUCCUACAACCACUAGAUGUAGCAGUAUUUGGACCACUCAAGUCAUCGUGGAAAAAAACUGUGAAGCAAUGGCGAAUCGACAAUGAUAGAGAAAUAAGCAAAUUUGAUAUGCCAACUGCAUUAUCUAACAUCAUGAAUACACCAAAUAUGUCGAAGAAUGUUCAAUCUGGUUUUAGAUCUACUGGUCUAUUACCAUUUAAUCCAAAUAAUGUAGAUUAUACCAAAGUUAUAAUACGUUCAGUCCCAACACAACAGAACACCUCAAAAAAUAAUGAAAUACAAUUGCAUUUGAAAUUCAUCGAAAAAAACACUGAUAGUAAUCUAUUAAAAGAAUUUAAGAGAGCCUAUAUAGGAGGAUGA